GCAAGACAAAGAAUGAGCCAAGAAAAAUUACUAGCCGUUAUCAGCCACAGGCGGGCGGCGAGAAAAGGAGAAGCGAUAGUGCGUCGUCGUUGCGAGCUCUCUUACGGCUCUCCUGGAUAACGGAUUCUAUAUCUUUCCUUCCGAGCCCUCGAUACAAGCGAAACGCUCUCAACAAGGACAGUUGCACACGGGCACUGCCCGUGCGUCAGUUGAGACGGUCUGGUGCCCCGCGCUCAGCGGGGAAGGAAAGCUGCGUAACAGGCGCGCGACGCACGAGUGCUACCAGCGUGCACUCCGCCGGGGUACCGGGAUAGCCCCUGCUCGCGGCUGGGCUGGCGCGCCCCGGCGGGACAGCUAUCCCACGUGACACCGAAGGAAGGCGACAUAUGUUGAUGCUGCAGCGAUUCGCCAUGCGGCAGAGUGUGCGGCACGCGCAAUGAUCGUUGUAUUGUUAGCAACGUGCGCGAUUUGAUCGGUGCUUUUCGGUGCAAGGGUAAGCGCUGUCAUGAAAGUGACUCGUAACUGGCUGCACUCGUCGACGUCGAGAAGGACAACGUAGCCUUGAAAGAGAGAUCAACGCUCCAUGUGCCGAGCCGUCGGGGCAAGUCUCUAUGCAGGGCAACCUACCUUGGACGACAACGGUGCCACACCCGCUCGCUGAUGGCUGUGUAGCGUCACCGACGGGCCAUCUGUGUCCGGCGGGCGCCUCGACUACAUGAGCUACGGGUCACCCUGUCGCUGCACGUGCGGCGCUCUCGGCAACGCGCGCUCAACGUCCCGUCCUACCCCACGACAACAGCGAUACACCAGGACCAAAAUCUCGAGGCAAGCUUCCGAACCAGGCGAACAGCUUCCACGUAUCAAUGCUUCAAGUCCUUUGGGUUGCCGGAGUCUUGCGGAAGGCGUGGAUGGCAGCGACGUGGACGCUUUCAUUGAACUUCUCAGCUCGCGUCUGUACCACGACAGUUUCACGGACGAUGGGUCCGACCACCAGCCGCAGCAACAGCUAAUGCAGACGACGUCAAUUGGCUCCUCGCCAACAAGUGUAGACGUUAUCAGUAAUAGCACCAGCAGCAGCAGCGGCGCGUCAGCUCUGACAGCACGAUCGACGUCCAACGAUCUGACCAUCUCGGAGCAGCUCGUCGUGCAGCUCUUCAUGGACGAAGUGGACAGCAAGGAAAAGGAGAUGGCUGCAGCCAUCGCUGCGAAAGCGGCCAGGGAGCCAGAGGAAGGACACGGCGACGUCUUGGCAACCAUGACUGAGGACGACUCACAGUGGCCCACCUACAGCAGCUCAGCUGCCGGGCGCCGUGGUGCGAGGAGGAUUGGAUGCGAGGCGCUGGCCGCGCCGUCGACGAUGGCCUUCCUACUCCUGGCUGCCGUUCUCGUGUUCAACGUGCUGCUCGCCGUGGUCUACUACGAAGAACGGACGUGGCUGUGCGUGGCGACGGCAGGCCUGAUGCAUGCACCAUCACUGUUGUUCUUCGUGGCCCGCUUCUACACGGUGACCGUCCUGGCGAGCGUCAAGGAAACCUUCAUGAGGGCUCUGGUGCUCAUCUGGUACUCGGUCACGCUGCCACUACUCCAUCUCAUGCCACUUCUCACGCUGUCGUCCGUGCUGUUCGACAAGGUGAUGAUGAUGGUGGGCGACCCUUCGGACAUGCGCCUGUUCAUCGGCCGCCAGGAAGACGUGGCCUUCAGCGACCUGGUCUGGGUGGCCGUGCUGCACGCCUUCCCGCAGGCGGUGUUGCAACUGUACCUGCUGCUCUUCCCCGGAGGUGCGGCCCUGCUGCGAGGCGACUGGCCCGACUACACCGCCAUUCUGCAAAUAGGAUCCGUGCUGUCCUGCGCGCUGCUGAUCGCAUGUGUCGCCACCUUCUACAGCAAGUACGUGGUUCGCGGCCGCGGCACCGACGAGGAAACCACGGAUGGGUCCGCCACCUACGAGACCACCACGACCGCCACCCCGCUACAGGACUGCGACGAAGAAGACACCGGCACGGGCUACCUGCUCAAGUUCGCCGCCUGGCUGCUCAUCGCGGUGGCGCGCAUCGUGGCCGGCAGCUCGCUGCUGGCCGCCUACUUCGGGCCGGCCGUACUGGCCCUGGCGCUAGCGCACGUGCCCGUAGUCCUGCUAUGGUCGCUGGUGUGUCGCACGCGCUACAGCGCAACCAAGUUCUUCGGCGACCUAGCAUUGGGACUCAUCACGCUCGUGUUUGUGCUCGACUACCGAGCCCUAAACCGCGAAGGGUUGGCCAGCACCAUGUCCGCUGUGGUCUUCCUGUGUGCCACGUUCCUAGAGAACACUGUGUGCUUGGCUCUGGCGUACACGGUGGUUGGCGGUGGGCCGCCCCACUACACCGUGCUUCUGGUGCUUGUCGGCGUGCACUACGCGGCCAUGACUUGCGGCGUGUUCUUGCUGCUGUGUCACAUCCGCAUGCGCAACCGCAAGGUCGAGUACGUUUUCUGACUGGAUGAACUCGACACAGUCGUGACAGGAGAGAAACGUGCCAGUGUGUGCAGACUCAGGGCAAGAUGACACGAA